AUGAAAUUGUUCAUAAAUUGUGUAUUAUUUCUAAUCGAGUUACAUGACCUAACACCGGAUAAAUUAAAUAAUACCAAAAAUGCCGAAAUCGAUUUGAUAUUCUUUAAUCGUGUACCCAAAGUGGGUAGUCAAACAAUGAUGGAACUGUUAAAACAAUUGGCAAAACGUAACGGUUUCACGGCAACGCGUGACAAGGCUAGCAGUACGGAGACGAUAAUGUUAACACCCAGUUUUGAAGAGAAUUUAGUUGAGGAAAUCUUAAAUGUGGAAAGACCAGCAUCGUAUUCUAAACAUGUUGCCUAUAUUGAUUUCGAAGAAUUGGAUUAUCCCGAACCGAUAUACAUAAAUAUGGUGCGCAAUCCAAUUGAACGAAUUAUUUCAUGGUUCUAUUACAUUCGUGCUCCCUGGUAUAUUGCUGAACGUACGAAACUAUUUCCCAAACAAUACCAGCUGCCCAGUGUUCAAUGGUUGAAAAAAGAUUUUUCGGAAUGUGUUUUGAAACGCGACCCGGAGUGUGUUUAUGAGCCCAAUGAACGUCGCGGUUUGGGUGAUCAUCGUCGUCAAACAUUGUUCUUUUGUGGCCAGGAUGCUCAAUUGUGCAUGCCCUUCGAUAAUUAUCAAGCCAUGCAAAGGGCCAAACAUCAUGUUGAAACGAAAUAUGCUGUUGUGGGUUCCUGGGAGGAUACCAAUGUAACACUGACCGUUUUAGAACAUUAUAUACCUCGAUUCUUUACCGGUGCUGCUGAUGAAUAUUAUAAAUCUGCCAAUUUACGCAAAACAAAUCGUAAUUCUUUCCGUCCCUCGGUUACCGAAGAAGCUCGCCAGCGACAAGCUCGUCAUAUUGAUCGUCAAUUAGAUGAACAUGAACUUGAUAAUCCACAAAUAAUCGAAGUCACAAAUAAUCGACCGCACAAUCAUCGCAAUCAUCAUCGUCAGCAUAACAAAAGUAAACGUUUGGAAUUGCAAUUGCCAUUAAAAACGAAUGGUAAUGCCAAACAUGGCAAGCAUGGCCAUAAAGGUGGAAAGCAUCAUGAUGAUGAUGGCGAUGAAGAAGAGUACGAUGACGAGGAUGAGGAAGAUGAUGACGACGAUCAUGUUCAUGGCAAACAUGGCCGUAAAGAAGAUGUUGAUGAUGAUGAAUAUGAAUACGACGAUGAUGAGUUAUAUUCCGCUGAUGCCUUAAAUAAUACCAAAAAAGCCGAAGUCGAUGUCGUCUUUUUCAAUCGUGUUCCCAAAGUUGGAAGCCAAUCGUUAAUGGAAUUAAUGCAACGCUUGGGUAAGGUCAAUCAUUUUGUACACUCCCGUGAUGUGGGUAAGCCGCAUGAGACCAUUUUGCUGCCACCACCCAAGCAAAAGGAAUUGAUCCAUGAAAUCUAUAAUCUAACACGACCACGCAUCUAUAGCCAGCACAUUGCCUAUAUCAAUUUUACGCAACAUCAUAUGCCUCGGCCGAUUUACAUCAAUUUGAUUAGAGAUCCCAUUGAACGCAUCCGCUCAUGGCAUUAUUAUGUACGUGCCGAAUGGUAUUAUCGCGAUCUGAAAGCCAAAUUGGGCGACAGGGCGCCAAAAAUGCCACCCAAGGAAUUUAUGGAAAUGGAUUUGGAUACAUGUGUCAAGACGGGCAAUAUCCAUUGUCAAUUCAAUCAAAUGCAGGUUAAAAACCCGGCUGGAGAUCAUCGUCGCCAAACAUUGUUCUUCUGCGGGCAAAAUAAGAAAUUGUGCAUGCCCUUCAACUCCAAAGCUGCCAUGCAAAAAGCCAAACGUACUGUCGAAGAAGAUUAUGCUGUGGUGGGUACCUGGGAAGAUACCAAUAUUACUUUGUCGGUUUUGGAACAUUAUAUACCGCGAUUCUUUAGGAAUGCCAAAACUCUUUAUUAUGAGGGCAAAGACCGUCUCUCUCGUGUCAAUAGGAAUAAUGUCACACGUCCCAUUAGCGAAGAGACCCGCAUGAUUUUGAGUAAAAAUUUGACUCAUGAAAUUGAAUUCUAUGAAUUCUGCAAGCAGCGUUUGUAUUUGCAAUAUAAUGCCAUCAGUGAUGGUAAAUCUUUGGAUAAUGACGAUUAUAUGCUAAUACCCGAUGACGAAUACGACAAUGAGGAAGAAGAGGAGUAA